UUUCCGCUGAUAUCUUGUGCAGCAUGAAACUAAAAAGCAUUUUAAUUGAAAUAUUAGUGUUUGUCGCACUAUGCCGAGCUCAGAAUGGAGGCGAGAACUUUGAAGUUCCGACUCCUACAGUAGAAGCAUUACAGCCAAAAGGGUUUAGAAUAAUUCUAAAAGAUGACGGUUAUUCUUUCGUUGGCUUCCGAAUUAAUAUCAACGUUGAUUUCGAAGAUGGUCUUAAUGAUGGACAAAUAAACAAAGAUAAUACCCAGCCACGAAAUGGCUACUGGGUCUACAUGAAUCGUAAAGAGAAGCUGAAUGUCGGAGACACAAUAUAUUACUGGUUAUACGUCAUCAAGAACGGAAUGGGACAUUUUGUCAAUGAUCUUGCGUAUGAAGUGACUCACUUUGCAAAUGAGAAUCAAACGCCACCAGCUCUGAAUUCCAGGAAUCCAUCUAGCUUGGAUCCAGUAGACCCAUCCUGCACAGUUUCUAAAACCUUAGUGCAAGGCAAGUCUCGAAUUUGCAAAGACGCUCUCAUUUUCAGCGAAGAUUUCGAUAGUGCCAAUCUGGAAGAAUUAAAACAGUGGGCGCCUUCAAUAUUGUUUCCAGGAGAACCGGACUAUCCAUUCAACGUAUAUGAUCCGAAUAAAACCCUGAGAAUAAACGGAGGAUCCUUGGUCAUCACUCCAAUACUGACGGAGUCAAUCUACGGAAAAGACUUCAUAUAUAAUUCGGUCUUAGAUUUAGAUGAAAGAUGCACCGGUGUAGCUCACUCAUCUGAGUGCAGAAUGGAAGCCUUGGGGGCUCAGAUCUUGCCGCCGGUUAUUACAGCUAAGAUCUCGACUCGAUACAGCUUCAACUUCACUUAUGGAAGGGUUGAAGUUCGUGCCAAGUUACCUUAUGGCAGUUGGCUGCUACCUGAAAUCAACUUAGAACCAUUAGAAUAUUCAUAUGGAUAUAACUACGAUUCAGGUUUGAUGCGCAUAGCCUUUGUACGCGGAAACUCCAAUGUUGCAAAAAAACUCUAUGGGGGACCAGUCCUCGCUGACGCAGACCCUUUCAGAUCCGAAUUAUUGCUGGAAAAGAUCGGUACCGACAAUUGGUACAAGGACUAUCACAACUAUACCUUGAUUUGGAAACCAGAUGGCCUAGAUAUGCUGGUGGACGGCGAGAUGUAUGGCAGUGUGGACCCUGGAAGCGGAUUCUCUGAAACAGCAAAGAAGUACAACAUCAAACAAGCCUCGUCUUGGAAUAAGGGUACCAUCAUGGCGCCUUUAGAUAGAAUGUUCUACGUGAGCCUGGGUCUUCGGGUUGGAGGUAUCAAUGAUUUUGAUGAUAACACACUGGAUGACGAUGGAUUCUCUCUAUUCGCCUUCCAUGGCAAAUUAAACGAAGAAAUGGAAGGAUUAGAAGCUGGGUACUGGUCCCGUGAUAUCACUAAAGCCAAGAAUGGAAGGUGGACCUUUAGGGACAGGAACGCAGAGCUCAAAAUUGGAGACACCGUAUAUUUCUGGACGUAUGUCAUCAAGAAUGGUUUGGGUUUCCGACAGGAUAACGGAGAAUGGACUGUUACUGGAUACGUCAAUGAAGAAGGUAACCCGGUAAAUGCUCAAGAUGGAAGCCUAAUCGAAGCAGCACCAGCGCCCAGUGCCGUUCCACUCUCUGCAUCACCAGACCAAGACCAGGCUCCUUCAGAACCUGAAGGCAGAGCUCUCCCACCCAACAUCCAGUACCCAUGUCAACUAUCCCUCUCCAAAGUCAAUGUGCCAGGGUUUGUCUGCAGAGGCCAGCUGCUUUUCGAAGACAAUUUCAAUUCAGCCUUAGAAAGGGGCAAGAUUUGGACUCCUGAGAUCAUGUUUCCUGGUGAACCGGUUAGUAGUGAUAUUCUUGUGUUUUUUAAUGUGAUGCCGUAUGCAUCAAAUGGUCAGACGGGCUACCUGAUGGACUUCCCAUUUAACGUGUACCUCAAUGAUCGUAAUCUUCAAGUGAGAGAUGGAACCCUGAUAAUCAAGCCUAUCACCCUGGAGUCCAAGUAUGGAGAGGACUACAUCAGACAAUCACUUGACAUCACUGCCAGAUGUACUGGUAUUAUUGGAACGGCAGAAUGUUUCCGAGAAGCUUCUGGCCCUCAAAUCCUCCCUCCCAUCAUCACUUCGAAGAUCACCACAAAGAAUAAGUUCGCCUUCAAGUAUGGACGUGUGGAAAUCAGGGCCAAAAUGCCGAUUGGAGACUGGAUAUAUCCGGAAAUCCAACUAGAGCCCAGAGACCAUGUCUACGGCAUCAGAAACUACGCGUCUGGAGUUCUUCGCAUAGCUACCAUCAAAGGAAACGCGGAAUACGCCAAGAAGUUAUAUGCUGGACCAAUCAUGUGCGAUACUGAACCUUACAGGUCGGCCUACUUACAGCAAAAACAAGGAGUUGAUCUUUGGAGUAGAGAUUUUCACAACUAUACCCUGGAAUGGAGACCAGGCACCAUUUCUCUCUUCGUGGACGGGGAGCAGUACGGUGCAAUAACUCCUCCAGCUGAAGGGUUCUAUAAGACUGCCAGUGAGAAUAAUGUGGCUGCGGCUGCGCAGUGGCUUAAAGGCACUGUCAUGGCGCCCUUCGAUGAUAUGUUUUACGUAUCUAUAGGUCUAAACGUUGGUGGAGUGCACGAGUUUGCUGAUACUCCCAACAAACCCUGGACCAACCGAGCCACGAAGGCCAUGCUCAACUUCUGGAACGCUCGCGACCAGUGGUACUCCACUUGGUAUGACGACAGCAGCGCCCUAGAGGUGGACUAUGUCAGGGUCUAUGCCCUUUAGAAGAUGAGAAUAUGUUCAAGACGCGCAAACAACAUCAACCGCCUGAUAAAUAUUAAUACCUA